AUGAUCGUGAAAGCGUGCAAAGAAAUCAAGAAGAUGACGGAUGGUCUAAACCUAGUUAGUGGCGUCGAGUUUAGGGCCUGCGAGAUUGUCUCAAAGUUCAAUGGUGACAAUAGCAAGAGAUUGAGUAGACGUAAACACUUAACCGCUGUGUGUGCGGCUGCUGUUUCAACGGCUUGUCGUGAGAUGAAUCUCUCGAGGACGUUGAAAGAGAUCUCCACGGUGGCUCACGGUGUGAGUUUGAAAGAUAUAAACAAAGCGAGUAUGGCUAUAAGGCGUUUACUCGAGUCAUCAGAUCAAGGGGAGACAACUUCUUCUUCUUCUUCUUCUCCUUGUGCUGCUCCUCCUCAGGUGAUUAUCAAGACAGGAGAACUAGUUCGCAGGUUCUGCUCUAAAAUAGACAUAACUGAGAGAGAGACAAAGGCUAUACGAGAAGCUGUUGAGAUAGCUGAUAAUUUCGAUAUCAGGAGAAACCCUAAGUCGGUUCUUGCUACUAUUAUCUUCAUGAUCAGCCAGCUAUCUAAGACCAAAAGGAAUCCUAUUCGAGAUAUUGCGAUGGCUACGGAAGUAGUGGAGAAUACAAUCAAGAGCUCAGCUAGGGAUAUGUACCCUUACGCAUCGAAGAUUAUACCCAAAUGGUAUGCUUCUGAAGAAGAGGUCACGAGGUUAGGAGGUAUCAUAGGAUCUUGGGAUGCAGCACGAGAUUAA